AUGGAGUCUCCAGAAAUCGAAUGCGAUGAUACUCGUGACGACGACAACGAUUCCUUUCACUCCUUUGUUCAAAGCUUAAGCCCGGAAGGCUCAUGUAAUUCACUACAUGAUGACGGCUACGAGUUCGACAUGGACAUCACAAACGAAGUGGAGGAAGACGAGGGUGAAAAUUACUGCAAGGAUGUGGCAGAAAAAGUUGAGCCAGAGCCUAUUAAAUUGGAAGCAAAGACCGAUGAUGUCAUGAUAGAGAAACCAUCUAAAUCUUCCAGCCCUGACUCUGAGAUACACCAUGACGAAACUGCUACCGUGGAACUUAAAGCGUACAAAGAUCAGCUGGUUCUUAGCAAAGCUGAAAAGAAAUUGGAUAAGUCUUCAUCCAACCCUUUGGUCAACAAAUUUUUCACCCAAGCUCCACGACAUUCGCCAAUGAAGAAUGACUCGGUCACAAAUAACUUACAAGAGCUAUCUGAUGAUUUAUUUGAUAUGAGUCUUGUGGCUCAAAAGCCAACAACUUUGAAGCGCGAUGCCAUGCAGAAGUAUGCCUUCACCGAAAUGUGGAUUGGUUCUCAGCAGAAACGCUCACCAAUACAAGACUUUGCCACUGCCAUGGAUACAUAUUUUCACAACGCCAACCCUACCCGGUUUGACAAUCGGACGCGUAGCGAUGAGGAAGGGAGCUCAAAUAUGUAUGAAGCAUUUGCCACUGCCGAGGAACCAAAGCUAUUUGAUGAGCCAACACGCGAAGAGAAGCAAAACAUAGCCAAGACAAAUGAAUUACAGUCAAGCGCUGAUGAAUCGAAUGGCUCGCCGAUUUUUGCUCAAAAGGAAGAGCCAUAUGUCUCGCCCUUCGAUGAUAUGCCUCCGAUGCCACCAGUGAAACUGAUUGAGAGUAACAAGAAGAGAGUCAUUACUGUGCCAGCCGGCUUCGAUUUGAUGAAUCUUAACAAAUACAAGGAUCCUAAUCAUUGGCAUAUUCGUUCUACCACACGCAACACUGAAAAUGUUGACUAA